AUGCAUUGUAGGACAGCAUCUGAUGAAGAGGAGCAUCUGAGUCUCCACAAUGCCGUUGAGGAGGCGGUGCAUUUAACGUGGAACAAUAACUAUGAGAGGGCAAAGGAGAUACUUUCUCGUCACAAGGCGAAUCAUCCUCGCUUUUCCCUAGAAUUUGCGAAUGUGUUUCUUGUUCAAACUCUCAUGAACUCCACCAAUGAAACUAGGGAGGUUUUGCUUGACCAACUCAAGGAGGCAGACGCGCUGGCCUCCCAUGCCAAGCAUGGUGAUUCCAUGUUUCGAGUUGGCGAGGUCGCUGGAAACAACGAAAAUUUGAGGUUUAUCAGCAAGUCCCAGCGACAAAAAAGGAAAAAGGAGUUUGAGCGGCGUCGGAAGGCCGCACAGAAAGCCGGUGAACCUUUCGACGACGCGUGGAAGUUAGAGUGUGACGUUAUUUAUGCGGAGGCGUUGUUCAUGCGGGCUGUUGGACAGUUAAUGAUGAACGCCUACUUCCGGGGUGGGAUUAACCUUCGAAAAGCGUGGGGUUUAUAUUAUAAGUUGAUUCAGCAAGUAGAGGCUGAUACAGACGAUCGGAUUCCAGAAGAAUUGAAGAUGUGCAUCAAGUACGGCACCGGUACCUUCUACACGUUUCUUGCCUUUGUUCCGUCUACUGUGAUGAAGGUACUCUCAGUCGUUGGUUUCGUGGUGGAUAGGGAGUUGGGCGAGCGGUACCUUAUGGAGGUAUUCGAGAGUGAUGGAAUUCGAUCGCCGUUUGCGGCACUUGUGCUAUGCACAUUUUACUUGUUUUUGCCAACAGGUCUCGGUAAGGUUGAGGAAACACUCGUGAAGGCGAAGCGCAUACUUGACAAGAUGAACGAGCGGUACGAUGCAAAUACUUAUUUUUAUGGUUACUCCAACUUCUACCACAGAAAAAGGGGUGAGAUUGAGCAAGCAUUGGAAACAAUUGAGAAAGCUGAAGCGAACGCAGAGCGUGUUGGGUUGGUUCCUACUUUGGUCCGUUACCUGCGCGCCGACACGCUUUUCAUGGAUCUGCGUUUUGAAGAAGCAAAGCAGCGUUACACCAGCGUCAUUGAGCAUCUCAGUGUAACAAAGCAAAGCUUCGCAUACACAGGACAGGUGGUUCUCUCCCUUGCGGCUUGCUGUGUCAUGCUCGGUGAUGAUAAUACUGCAGUGUCCUGGUUGAAAAAGGUUGGCUCAAUGUACAACCCAAAGUCGAAAAAUGACGCCAACUCCCCCAAGUUUGCCUCACGUGUGUUGAAUAACAACCAACUUCUGCCCCUCUGCGGGGUUUACAUGCUAUACAUUAACCGUGACCUCGCCCACAUGAACGUUAAUCAGGCUGAACGCGUCCUGAUGGAACUCCAACGCGUUACCACUGGGAAAGAUAUGAGCAGCCCGGAGGCCAUGUACAUGCACACCCUUUUCGUGGCAGUUAUUCAGAAGGGUUGCGGCCGCACUGACGAGGCAGAAGAAGGGAUGAAGAAGAUAUUUGCCAACGAGAAGAGUAUACCAAGGGAUUCUAUGGUUUUGCCUUACGCGUAUUAUGAAAUGGGUGAGCUGGAGUUCCGACGGGGUCGAAUUGAAGAAGCAAAGAGACUCUUUACGAAAGGUCAGUCAAUUCCCGGUGAUGGAAAUGAAACAUUGAUGAAUCGAUAUCGCAUAGCACUAAAACAACUUAAACAAAAGACUAAUGAUGGGUAA